CACUCCUAAACAUAGCAAUUAAAAAAUAUAUUUGGGAAAAAGUGUAAAGUAUAUACACUUUAGUGCACUGUGUUCGUAACACAUUUUAGUUUUGGAACAUAAAAAUGAAUUGAGAUCAGAUGUUUCAUCGAUUAGAAAAUUAGCAGAACGUUGGACCAGUUUAGCCGACUUCCAUCGAUUCCAACGACCCGCGACUGGACUUCCUCUCACUACCAUGUUUGGUGGUGAAAAAACAUUCUUAACAGAUUCGUCAGAUUUAUGGCCCUUGAGGUGUCUGGGUUACCCCUUCAGUCUGUGGUGCUGAUAGUAGUUUCAGCAUCCAAGGAGGCGGGGUAAGGAAUGGAACAGCGGAAGAUUCAAAAUGGACGAAAACACAAGUGUAGUGAACUCUCAGGACCCUGCACUACAGCCGGUCAUCUUCAACCCAGACUUCUUUGUGGAGCGUCUGAAACAUGAGCGUCCCCAGGUGUUCACCGAGCUGGUCCUCAGUAACAUCACCAGGCUCAUAGACCUGCCAGGGGAUGAGUUUGCCCAGCUCACAGGAGAGGCAGACCCCAGACUGCCCACAGCACACACAGGCUUCCUACGCUCUUUCAACUUCCUCAAACGCAAAGGUAAAGGAGUGGUUUUUGGUGCUCCUCUGACGGAGGAGGGCAUAGCACAGAUCCACCAGCUGAUUGAAUACCUCAGCAAGAACCUCCAUGUGGAGGGGUUGUUCCGUGUGCCAGGCCACAGCCUGCGGCAGGCGGCCCUGCGAGAGAUGUUGAACGCCGGGACAGAGAUAGACCUGGAGACUGGGGACUUCCAUCCUAAUGAUGCUGCCACCCUGCUUAAAGCCUUCCUAGGAGAGCUGCCUGAACCCCUACUCACACACAGACACUACCACGCCUAUCUGAAGAUAGCAGAGCUGACCCAGUUUGAUGAGAAGGGGAACAAGACUUCAGUGCCGGAUAAGGAGCGUCAGAUCGAGACCUUCCAGCUGCUGUUCAUGCUGCUGCCUCCAGCCAACUACAGUCUGCUCAAACUGCUCUUGGACCUGCUCUACCACACCGCUCGCAACCAGCACAACAACAAGAUGUCUGCCAUCAACCUGGCCACCAUGGUGGCUCCACACAUCAUCUGGCCCAAACAUGUGCAAGCCAGUGACCUCCAGGGGAAUAUUAAGAAGCUAAACAACUCUGUGGCUUUCCUCAUCAAGCACUCACAGAAACUCUUCAGGGCUCCUGCGUAUGUCAAAGAACUCGCCAGCAUGCAUUUUAAAGGAUCAACCACCUCCCAGUUUACGGAUGGCCUGGCCCUGUGUGGUGGGGGUGCUCACCCCUCCCCCUCUAAGAGGGCUGGUGGGGCUGUGACGUGUACAGACGGGACCACCAGCAGUAACACACACACUGAGCUGGCCCUCAGAGAGCUUUACCAACAGGUCAGCAGCAUGCCUGAGUCUGCCAAGAAGAAGAAACUCAUCAGACAGUUUGCUAAGCAGAUCUCUGGGACGCCAUUGAGUGACCAACAGACACUGUACUCGAAUAGGAAACAUCGCCGCUCGCGCUCCUUUGGAGGAAUCAGGAGGAGAGCGUUAGGUACCCAGGGCCCGGUGGAGAAGUCUAGCAGUAGCCUGGUGACUCCAGGAUCCAGCAGCUCAGCAGACAGACAGGAGAAGGAGGACAGCAGCUUUGGAUGGGAUUCCUCGUCUCUUAAAAGGAUGUGCUUCUCGCCAACGCAGGAGACGUCGGUCUAGCAGUCAGCUCAGCUCAUCCACAACUUUCUCCUCUCACUCUCAAAAACAUUUCUCUAACUUGGUUUUAAAAUGAAUCUUUUAACAAACAGGGAGACACCCUGAGAGAGUUAAACAAUCAAGUCAUUUACAAGCCAAAUAAUGUGUUGUCUUAAAAGCAGUAGAACCAUGUAGACCAGUAAAUUAGUUUUCAUCUCUUCCUUGUUCUGUUUGGAAAGACACAACAAAUGUACACCUCGGUCAUUCUGGUCAAGUAGGAGUUAGAAUGACUAGAAAAACCAGUGAGAACCAAUUGAAAACCCACAUUGUUGUGGUUUAAACUUUUGCAUGUGUUUUGAGUUAGAAACUACUGUGUAGAGCAUGUGGACAAACAUUGUCUCAGGUUGGUAGAAGUAAGCUGGAUCUAUAGGGAGUUUGCGCUGGUUUGUAGUAAACGUUUAAGCUAAGCAAAGUGUUUUGAGUGCCUUAAAAUGAUAUUCGCAAAGUAGUAAAGUUAAUGUGUGAUAUAUUGAAUCUUUAUUUAAGCCUAAGUCCCAUUGAGUUUAAUGUAUUCCAGUUGGUGUGACUGUGGAGGCAGUAGCAUCGUCUAAUGUGUUCAGACUGAGCAGAGAUGAGUGUGAAAGAAAGAUGGAGGGAGAGGUUAGUGAGAGUAAAGUCUUGGAAUAUGGUAUGUAGGGCUAUGACUGGUUUUCCUGGUCUGGUCAUGUGUUAAGGAAAACCCUAGUAGAUGUGAAUGAGACUGUAGGAGUAGCUAAUGGUCUGCUGUUAUUACAACUGGUGUGAACUCACUGUUGCUUUGUUUGGGAGUGUUUCUGUAGCCACUGCCUUAAUCUGUCAACACUGAUUUAUUUUACAUUUUUCUCUUUUUUUCUGUCUCUUUAAAUACUUGUUUUCAUUUUUACUGUGUUUGUAUUUUUUACUUUUUUCUGAGACUACAACCAAAAUGUGUAUUAAUGGUAUUAUUAUUUAUCCGCUUAUGUUUUAUGCAAUAUCUGUCCUUUUUGAUACUGUUACAGAAAAGUUUUCCUAUGCAAUCUGUUACAAUAGUUGUUAUUUAAUAUCACAUGUUUUUAUCCAUGGCGUAUCUGCAUUGGUUCUGUUUUGUAGCUAUUUUCAAAACCAGUCAGACAUUGAGUGCUGAAUCCUGACAAGAUUCAACCAUAUCUUCACAACAAUUAUUUUUACUGAAAAUGUGAAUAACUUACAACUGUUUCACGAUUUCCUUUUUCUAGUGGCAACAUUAACUUUAAAUUUCAGUGUCAGCGGCAUUUCCAUUCUACUGAUCUGACUAUUGAGCAUCAGAAUUCUGUCUGUCAAGCUGUUUCAAUGUGAAUGUGCUACACAUACAACAGGAUGUCUGUCAUUAUUGGGGCGGCAGGGUAGCCCAGUGGUUAGAGCGUUGGACUAGUAACCGAAAGGUUGCAAGUUCGAAUCCCCGAGCUGACAAGGUACACAUCUGUCGUUCUGCCCCUGAACAGGCAGUUAACCCACUGUUCCUAGGCCGUCAUUGAAAAUAAGAAUUUGUUCUUAACUGACUUGCCUAGUAAAAUAAAAAUUAUUGGCGCUACUGUGAAGCUAUGCAACAAACUGCCAUUAAAAUACAAUGAAACAAACAUCUUUAUUUCCUUUGUGGUCAAAUUAUUUAUUUAACUAGGCAAGUCAGUUAAGAACACAUUUUUAUUUACAAUGACGGCCAAACCCUCCCCUUACCUGGACGACUGGGCCAAUUGUGCGCCGCCCUAUGGGACUCCCGAUCACGGCCGGUUGUGAUUCAGCUCCGGAACGCUACAGGGUCUGUAGUGACGCCACUCGGGAGCUCUUAUUGGUUGAUCAUCAAUAGCGGCGCUACUGGGAAGCUAUGCAACAAACCGCUGUUAAAAGACAAUGAAACGAACAUCUUUAUUUCCUUUGUGGUAAAAUGUUUUAUUGGUUGUGUGGAGUAUUGAUAAAAGAGGCAAUGUUUUAAACUGAUACGAUGUCAUGCUGAAGAUUGACCGUGAUUGAAGAUUUUAUAGCAUGGCAAGGUUUUAUGUAAUGUACAUGUUUGAACAUUUAAUUCACAGGUAUUUAGUUCUUUGAUUUUGUCUGAUCAACUGCCUGGAACUAGUGACCGAGUGUAGUUUAGUUUUAACCACAAGAUGGAGCACUUGAGAUGCAAAUGCUCAGCCUUUUGUAAAGAUGCCCUGAAAUCACUAGAUGUUUAGUGUUAAAUCUUUUCUCACAAUUAUUUUUCAGCUUGGAAGCGUGUAGAAUUUUACUUUGUUAUAACUGAGAUGUUCAGAAAAAGUGAAUGUACAUUUCAAUAAGAGUGUUUAUCUUGUCCCUGGUAGUGUAUGGAAGUGUGAUAUCAUACACUUUCCUUACAUUCCAGGAGCAAAAGUCUAAAUUAAAAUGCAUCUAUUUUUGUCUGCAGUU